AUGGCGCCCAUCUUUAGAAACUAUCGGUUUGCUAUCGGUGCGUUUGCCGUCAUCAUGCUUAUUUUAUUGAUUAAAACAUCUUCCGUAGGUCCAAACUCUAUUGCGCGUACGGUUUCACCCACUGCUGAAAUUCCAAAGACGCCGGAUGAUGCCUCUAUUUCGCCCAUCGAUGGAACACCAGAUUACAUUCAAAAUCCAAAAACAGAAGAAAAUUUCCCCGGGCUGGCUGACGUCGUCGAGUCACAAACUGGUCAAACAUGUACCAAAGAACACAGGUAUGUUAUCAUGAUUGAUGCCGGUUCUACUGGUUCCAGAAUACAUGUAUACGAGUUCGACGUUUGUACCUCCCCACCUACAUUGAUUAAGGAAAAAUUCGAGAUGUUAGAACCUGGUUUAUCUUCAUUUGAUACUGAUUCCGUUAGCGCUGCUAAAUCUCUAAACCCACUAUUGGAGGUAGCAAUGGAGUUUGUUCCUUCUAAGGCAAAAAAAUGUACUCCGAUUGCUGUGAAGGCUACCGCAGGCCUAAGGCUUUUAGGCACAGCUAAAUCUUCGAAAAUUUUAAGUGCUGUAAGAGAUCAUUUGGAGAAGAAGUAUCCUUUCCCAGUGGUUGAAGAUGACGGUAUUUCCAUCAUGAGCGGUGAAGAAGAAGGUGUUUUUGCCUGGAUUACUACGAACUAUCUAUUGGGCAACAUUGGUACAGAUGGUCCUAAAUUACCUACUGCUGCCAUUUUUGACCUAGGCGGUGGCUCUACACAGAUUGUUUUCGAGCCUACCUACUCACCAAAUGAAAAAAUGAUCGAUGGUGAGCAUAAAUAUGAUUUAAAAUUCGGUGGUAAAAACUACACCUUGUAUCAAUUUUCUCACCUCGCUUAUGGUUUGAAGGAAGGUAGAAAUAAGAUCAACUCUGUUCUUGUAGAGAAAGCAUUGAAGAAUGGUGAAAUCAAAGAAGGUGAUAACGAGAGGACUCAUACAUUACUAUCUCCAUGCUUGCCGCCUAAAACUAACGCCACAAAUGAAGUAGUUAAACUAUCUUCUAAGAAAACUUACACUAUUGAUUUCAUAGGGCCCGAUGAACCAACUGGUACACUAUGUAGAUCUUUGACUGAUCAAAUUUUGAACAAGGAUGCUGCAUGCCAAACUCCUCCAUGCUCUUUCAACGGUAUUCAUCAACCUUCAUUGGUUCGUACUUUCAAAGAAUCGAACGACAUGUACAUUUUUUCUUACUUUUACGACAGAACCCGUCCACUAGGCAUGCCGUUGUCUUUCACUUUAAAGGAAUUAUGGGAUCUGACAAGUGCGGUUUGUAAAGGCAAAGAAACUUGGAAAAGUGUCUUUGGCAGCAUUGAGGGAUCCUUGGAUGCAUUGGAAAGUGACCCACACUUUUGUCUGGAUUUGUCCUUCCAAUUAUCUCUAUUACAUACAGGGUAUGAUAUUCCAUUAGAAAGAGAACUAAAGACUGCAAAGAAAAUUGCCGGUAAAGAAAUUGGUUGGUGCCUAGGUGCGUCAUUACCGUUAUUGGAAUCCGAUAACUGGAAAUGUAAAGUCAGUCUAGUUGAAUGA